GGGAAAGGGUGCCAAGUCGUCGCCUUCGCCACAGCAAAUGGCCACCAGCUCCACCACGGUCAUGUCCAACGACUCUGGGGAGGACAGCUGCAAGCGCAGCUCGGCGGACAGCGAUGAGGUGACCAUCAUGGAGCUGCCCAGCGAACGCAGUGCCCAGCUGUACAAGGAGUCGCUGGAGCAGCUGCUGCAGCGCCAGCGGCGCACUCCCAUCCUGGCGAGCGCGGGAUCUGGUUCUGGUUCGGGAGCGGUUUCGGGUUCGGGUUCGGGCUCGGGAUCGGGCAGUGUUAUUGUUGAUGCCGCCGGCCUGAGGCAGUACACACAACUCUUGCUGGCCGGCGCCGCCGGUAGUGGUGCCUCCGAUCUAAAGGAGAAGAGCUCCUCGUCGUCCACCUCGUCCACGCCGCCGCUACUGACGCAACAGCUCAGCCAGAUGCUGAAGAGUCCCUCGGACACGUGCUCCUCGCUGUUCAGCUCGUCGGGUGGCGGCGUCACGGGUUCGGCCGGACCGGGCAUCGCCGGCGAGACCAUCGAGGAGGAGACCCGCUGCGUGGUGUGCAACGCCCACUUUCCGAACGUGUGGCUGCUGGAGCAGCACGCCGCCCUCCAACAUCCCCACGUGGGUCCCGGCGAGGAGAAGCCCUUCAUCUGCGAGCAGUGCGGCCAGUCGUAUCGCUAUCGCAGUGCCUACGCCAAGCACAAGGAGCAGAAUCACCGGGCUCGUCUGCCGGCCGACAAGCUCUUCACCUGCGACGUGUGCGGCAUGCAGUUCCGCUACCUGAAGAGCUUCAAGAAGCAUCGCUUGAACCACGCCCUCGAGCGGCUCCAUGGCAAGAAGAGCGUGGGCGUGAUCGGACGACUGGGCGGGUCCGGUGCGGGACCGGUUUCCUCGGCGAUUUCCGUUUCGGUGGCGGCGCCCGCUUCCGCUUCCGUUUCCGCCUCGGGCUCGGUGACGUCGGUGGACCAGGAUGUGGUCACCAGCUCGCAGGAGCCCAUGCUGGCCGACGAGGGCGAGGAUCUGCGGGUGAAUGUGAAGCGGGAGGGUAACUCCGAUGAGCAGAGCGCCGAGUCGCGGCCCAACGACAUGGAGGAGCACGAACAGGACAACACCGUCGACUCCGCGGGCAUCACGAUGCUCUACCAGGACAACAACUCCUCGGCCUCGGCCUCCACCAGCGCCACCGAGCCGAACAUAAGCAGCUCCGACGGCAUUCAUAGUACAAACAAGCGGUCGCGCCUGCACCACUUGGAAACGGAUCCCUCCUACCCACACCACCAUCACCACCACCACCACCACCAUCACCAUCAGCAGCACCACCAGGCGCAGCAGCAGCAGCACCAGCACCACAAUCCGCAGUCGCAGUCGCAGCUGCCGACCCACUUGGGCCACGUUUCACUGCCACUGGUGGCCACCUCGGCCGCCGGCUCCUCAUCCUCGGCGGCUGCCGCUGCUGUUGUGGCCGCCGCCCAGGCGCAGGCCACCUCCGGCGGCACUGGAAGCGGCGCGACCGGAAGCGGUGCACCCGGCAGCAGCAGCGUUGGCUCCGCCGGCAGCUCCGCGGCGGGCGGCGGCAUCAGCUCCCUCAGCUCGCUCACCUCCCUGAUCAACGCCGAGCGCAUUCCGAACGAGCAGUUCCUGGGACUCAAUCCGCAGGAGGCCUCCAUACUCAACUUCUUGCGCGUGGACGCCGCCGAGCGGCAGAGGGACAAGCGGCCGGCCACCUCGCGAUUUGCGUGCCCCUUUUGCGGCAAGUGUGUGCGCUCCAAGGAGAAUCUGAAGCUGCACGUGCGCAAGCACACCGGGGAAAGGCCGUUCGUGUGCCUCUUCUGCGGACGGGCAUUCGGUGGCAAGUCGGACCUGACCCGCCACCUGAGGAUCCACACCGGCGAGAGGCCGUACCAUUGCGAGUCCUGUGGCAAGUGCUUCGCUCGGGCGGACUACCUGUCGAAGCACCUGACCACCCACAUCCACAAUGCGCCGCGCUGAGAUGAGGCGCGUAGGAGACGGCUCCUACGCAGAUAAGGAACCAGCUCCAGGAUCAGCCACACCCACACCCACACCCACACA